AUGGCUGGACGCAAGGUCUGCAACCCGCUGGUCGCAAAGCGCAGUAAACAGCGCCUCAUCGCCAAACGCCCCGCCAGCAAGAAGUCUAAGACCAAGGAGUACCAAUCCGUCAAGUAUGUCCGGGUGAAGGGCGCUGUUCCUGGUCGUGGACUUCGAAAAGAACAGGCUACUUGCUCGCGAUCCCUUCCAGAACUCAUCAAGGCGUCGAAUGAUGACAUCGUCCGCAUGCUCACCAAGGAUAAGAUGCUGCCGGAUUGGUCCGGUAUGCAGUGUCCUAGGUGUGAGAAGGGGACGCUCUCCGACUUGAUGAAGUCCCCCCAAGGUGAGCUCAAAGACCGUUGUAGUCACAAGAAGUGUCACAUCUACAUGUCCCCGCAACAUCUUCAUCCUUUCUUCACUGAUGGCCGGGGUUCCUCGGCUACUCCACUGCAGACACAGGCUGCUGUUCUCUUUGUGAAGUUGCAGAACGUCUCCAAUGCUGCCGUGCAUCAGGUCAUGAACGUCAACCACAAGUUCACGGAAGACAUGGCCACUAGGUUGGCCUACUCACGGCAGGAGUAUGUCAUUGCCAAGCAGAAGGAGAUCCGACUUGGAGGUCGCAAGACAUGGGUAGACGUGGAGGGUGACGAGGCCAGCUUCGCAAAAACCGACAUCAGCAACAUCGAUGAUUCUGUGGAUUCCCAGAAGCCUGUCUUGUGGGAGCAAUGGUGCGGCUUGAUCGAGCUGGGACGACCGGAAAGCUUGAUCCUGGAGCGGUUGAAGCCACCCACUACGGAGAAGCGAGCCCCAGGACCAGGUCCCAUCCGGAAGAUUGAAUGGCAGCCUCUGGGUAAGAAGUAUCUGGAAGGACGCAACAUCAUCUUCCAUACGGAUUCGGCCCGCAGCUACAAGACACGGCUCGAGGGGCUCAAGCACGACAAUGUCGUCCAUUGUAAAAAGAGGGUGAAGGUGAACGGGAAGUGGAAGUGGCAGAUGCCUAACUAUGUCAAGGUGACGACCCACACAGUGGGCAAGAACAAGACGCUAAAGACAAAGGCUGGUACCCAAAUUCUCGAUCGCGCCUGGAGGUACAUCAAGGACCGACUUAGUCUCAACAAGAGCACCGGAGCUGGUUCCAAGCUCCUUCGCGCCCAGAUCCAGGGGGCUCAAUUCCAAUAUUGGAUGAAGAAUGAAGACCCAUGGAAGGCCACUUGCUUGCUCAGCCAGUUUAUCAUGAAGAAGUUCAUGAGAUCCGUGCUUCCGGGCAUCCCGAAGCCGCAGGGCGACGGGCCGAUAGAGGCCGAAGCAGAGCCGAAUCCGAGCACGGUGUCUGAGCUCCUGAACGGUGUGGGCGCGAAGAACUGGAAGGCCAUGGCUGUGGAUCCCACCUCUUUCAUGCGACAGUCCGAGACGAUCGAGGCCACGACGCCCGAGAUCAGCGUCGCGCGCACUUCGGUGGCCAGUUACUUCACGGAGGUCAAAAAGAGCUUGGAUGUUCCAAGUGGCAAAGACCGUACUCUCUUCGAUUGGGACCAGCAUGGCUGGAUGAUGUGGGUUUCGAAAGAAGCAGGCUUGAAGAAGUUCGUGCAGGCGAUCUGUGCCACACAUCUGCUUCAAGCUGGAGGGGACUGGGCCCAGUUGGCUGCAGGUGCCGAUCCCUACUUAGUGCACACUUGGCCAGAGUUUCAAUGUUAUCGCGACAUCGUUUUCUAUUGGAAGUACUUCCUGUGCACAGACCUCCGUGUCUUCCCAAAGUGCAAGGAGCUCGCGCCGCAGCUGGCUUACCUCAAGUGGCAAGUGGUGGACGAGCAGAAAGCCUACGGCUGUCCUCCUAAUCGAGGUAAGGUCUUCAUGGUGCAGGGCUUGGGCAAGGACCAUCUCCUGAAGCACGACACGCCCCCGCAUCGCCCGAAGCCGCCUGCAUCCGGCUUGCGCUGGCCAUCGGCCGCGCUGCCGUCCCACCACACGAAGACCCCGGUGAGGACGGAAGACGACUUGCUUUACAUGCGCACUCUGCCCACGUUCAACGAAAUGCUGCGAGCAUCGGAUGCCGAGGCGCUUCUUUCCUUCCUCACGGUGCCCUACAUCAGGAUGCCCCUGGUUAUGGCCUUCUUCACCACCGGGGAUCGCGUGAACUCCCUCUUCGAUCGGGGCUUGCAGGAGAUCCUUGAGGCAGUGGUCCUGGAGCCGGGGAAGCUGCUGGAGCCGACCCACUGGGCAGAUGCACCGGAGAACGUUCCGGCCAACUCAUCCAUGGAGCAAGAGCUCGUCGCCUCGCCUUACGGCCAACUCUUAACUGAGCUGUCUUGUGCACCCAGCUGUCUUCUGGCAUACUUGGCAAAGCUCCUCGAGCUCGCCCUGGUACUGGCGAACUCAGCCAUGAGCCAGACGGUGGGAACCAUCCUUUUCGUCCUGCGUGUCGCGGCGCGCGUGGAAUCCUCGGCUGUGUACCUUCUCCUGCACGCCGAGGGAAAGCAUCCCGCCGGUGGCCCGCGCCCUGGUGCGCUCCCAUGUUCGGCGGCCUCCCUGCAUGAGCUCAAAGCCGGCCGUCAGCGCUUGCGGCAAAUUUUCGUGGAGGCGGAGGGAUGGUUGGACGCCUGGCUCUCCGAGCUCCACGGCCUCGCCCAACAGGCGGCAGCUGCCGCCUCUGGCAAAGGCGAGGAGGCGUCGGGUGGAGGAGGCCUUUUCGGAGGUUCGACGACGAACGUGGCCAGGAGCAAAGCUCAGCAGAGUUUGGACAAGUACAUGAAGACUUCCUGCAACAUCCACGCUCACAUCCUCCUGCUCCUGCGGAAUGUCCCUGAAGACGAGCUCGACGAGAGAAGCGUCAGCAGGAUUCUGUCCUCCUUCACCUUUCUAUCACUACAUCACACCUUCAACCAGGACUUCUUGGACAUACCGGAGACAGAGCUUUUCGAAGUGUUCCAGCAUCACAGGCGCGGCCUGGUCCGGUGGUUCGAGAAGCAGCGAAAAGGCAAGGAGUAUGGCCGCUUCAACCGUGUGUUGCAAGAAGUUCACCAGCAGUUCUCGACCAUCGAUUCUUCCAGCGCAGUCGACACAUCUCACUUUGAAUGGGGCUGCGUCAAGGGGGAUUCGCGAAAUGCGGGGCGAUAUGCAAUCAUCGGGCCACGCCGCUCCUCUGCAGAACGAGGUGAUGUAGCCACCACCGAAAGUAACGACAACGCCUGGAUCGAGCUGAACAUUCAGCUGCUCCAGGUCACAGUCCGCGGCCGUCACGUCACGCCUCUGGAGACAGACACCUGCGACGACACUGACUUCAAGGAGGUGUUGAAUCAGGGAGCUGGACGGCAGGCCGAGACCGUGCAAUGCGCCGCCCUGCUCAGCACGAACAUCGUGCGCGUGCGCGAGCUACUGUCGCAGCCGUAUCGCGUGACGCGCUGGGAAGGCUUAAGUGCUGUAGUCCUGCCUUUUACUGGCGACUACGUUCGUCUCUAUGACAUGGAGGACUUCGAAGAGCACGAGGCUUGGGUGCCACAGCUCUUCGAGCCAGUGAGGCUGAAGUUCUUUGUCCGGCCAGUGGUGCCGCAGGACAUCCUCUUCUUCCUGCUCGAAGAGACGGAUCCCAGCGCUUCUGUGGUCGUUCUGGCUGCAGUGCAUCCGAAGGUGCGGGGCAAAGUGUGGAAGGAAGUCGUGCUCUUCCGAGACUUGCGCGUGGUCCAGGUCUUCAAGAUCGAAUCAUAUGGGCAUCAGCACUACAGGUCCCUGGAAUAUACGACGAACUCGCGCUAUUGCCUGGCCGAGAAGCAGCCGAGCCCGAACGACCGAGACGACCCAUGGCCGGAUUGGGGUCGCUACGAGGCGGGCGCGCCAGAUCUGAAUCUCGCAGACCGACCACCAAGUGUUGUGAUGUCAAGGACAAUCGUGAAGGACACGGUGGGUGACGGCAGUGCCGGUGCUGGCUCGGACAAGAAAGACCCGUUGGAUGACUCGGCCGAAUGGUCUGAUGGUGAGCCCAGCGACGAUGAGACUGAGCAAGAGAAGAAAGAAAGGACGGUCUGGGAGCGGUCGCAGAAGGAGGGCGAGCAGUACUUGCCGAAGCGGCUUCUGAAAGGAUUGCUUCCGGAAGGACUAUUGCAGAAGUACUUCAUCUACCAGCAGAACGAAUCGCCGUGGCGGGCCGUCCGGGGCUAUCCCAAGACUCCGGAAGGUGAAGAAGAGAGAGAUCCCGAUCACCACCUCGAGAUCAAGCUGGUCAAAGUCGGGAAGGUGCCAGCGACCGGCCAUCGAGGUUGGUGUGCUCUGGUCCGAAAGCGGUGGAAGGCAGCAGGACGGAAGCCGUGGUACCUUCUCAACAUGCUCUACGCCAAAGAAGGAACGCCGCUGCAUUCCCUUGCUCGAACUCUUGUUCGACUGGAAGACCUCUCGUUCAUCCUGGCCUGGACGGAGCAGGAUCCACGCGAGCUGGGAAGCAAUGUCGGGCGCGAUCCUCCAAUUCACCUCAUCGAGAUGCCCCGUUUGCUGCUGUCCUUCGCGGUGAAGAAAGCUCCCGAUGGCACGCGUGGUUUGUGGAGCCUGGAUCACGCUGAGCUCUCCGUGCCGCUGGGUCCCCCGACCUUUGCUCGGACACAAGCUGCCAAACUCUUGGAGCCAAUGCCCCACUCCUUGCUGCUGCAGACGGCCAAUGCCCAAUUCUUUGCACUUUUGCCCAACAUCAAGGUGCACAGACCGCACGUGUCCACAGAUCCUUUCUCCACGGAGCUGGUCAUGGAGCGCGGCAAUACCGAUUGGUGGGCAGCUGCAAAGAACAAGACCUUCCUAUACCCCAUCCAUGCUUCGAGAUCGUUCCUCCAGACGCCAACGCUUGCGUCGGCUCUGUACAUGAUGAUGUUGCGUUGGAUGCACCGGGACUAUCGUGGUGUCGCUGGCUUGGUCAGCGCCGUGGGCACGGACAGCAAGUUUGAAGAUGACGAGAUGCAAAUCUUCAAGAGUCUGGGUCGCAUCACCGAUCCGCAUCCAGAUUCCCAUGCAAACCGUCUGCGGGUGUCACUGGCCAUCGCCGAUGCGAACAUGGAGCUGCCGUGGGAUCUUCUGCAGGAGACGGCCGGCUACUUGGGCAAGCUUGCCCACGUAUCUGCGAGGUCUCGCCUCCCGGAAGAGGGCGAACUCCGCACGCUGGAGCUGUGCAAUCAAAUCCGGAAGUGCCUCGACAUCAUCCAGAACGAGGUGGAGCAGCUUCGCCAGCGCUGGUGGGGUCAAUGGGGAGCUGUCCGGCUCAAACGCUUCGUCGAGCUCCUGGAGAGUGAAAAAGAGCGGAAGCUCGCAAACUUCCAAGAGGCCCAAGAAGUUGAGCAGUGGCUCCGCCAGCUGUUGCGCAAGAUGCGGGCCUCGCAGCUCCCCCAGACCAAAGAAGAGAUUCGGUCGAUGGCGCUCAAGGUGUUUGGAGACUACGAAGUGGAUCCCAACACGGAGCUAGCACUGGACAACCGCGGCUUCACAGCAUAUAAAGCUGCCUUGGCGUCUGGGCUCGGGCUUGACCUGCUUACUCAUGUUCUUUUGUGCUCCCUCUUCGACCUACUUUGGGAAGUUUUGGGCGCCGAGAAGGUCCUGCGGCGAGAUGUCGAGGAAGAAGAGGGACCUGAGAUUCCAAUGAUGCGCCGGCUCCCAUUCCCCAUGGCGAUCAGCACAGCCUUCGAGAUGCUGCAGGGAAAGAUGAGCCUCAAAGACUACGGCAAGGCGGCCAAGACCUGGGCCUUCCUCUACUCCCUCUUCACCUGCUCCACGGGCGCUCGUCUCAGUCGAGCCAAGGACACACAGCUAUCGCAUCAACACACCUACUCGAUGUUGCUGCUCCACCUCAUGCCGGGAAGCCGACACCACGGCGUUCUGGCCUCGUUGCUUCACAUCCUGGCACAGAACCCCGCCAUCUGCGAGGCCAUGCCAUUGCUGACAAAGCCGAAGAAAGUCCGCCUUGUUGGACAAUGGAAGCUUAAGCUGACGGAGAUCCAUCAGUUCGUCGUCCAGGCCGCCGAUGCUAUGCGACUGAACCUGGGACGCACGAGCCAUGCAGUCGUAGACUUGACUUUGUCGGCUGACGCGGCCGCAGCCCUCCUCCUCACCGCCGCCUCAGAAUGGCUGAUGCCAGAACACGCAGACUGCCAGCUAGCCGUUCCCGACAUCGACACAGAGAAUCUGAGCUCGCGGCUCGGAGAGAUUCUCCAGUGGCUGCACUCCUCCAUGACCGAUGCCAUCCCUCAGGGGUUCAUGCUUGACGAGGGUGGGUGCAUCCGCUUCCACUCGUCUCCUGCAGAAUUGCUCCGAGCAGCCUGGAGCAAGAUGCUGACAGCAUUCGACGUGAGGUGGGCUCUGUCCGCGAUUGCUGUUCGUGCCGGAGCUCUCCAGGGAGGGGUGGUACUGCCCAAGAAGCGAGAUGCAUUUGCCCGUCAAAGCCGUGGCCCAGCUUCGAGAUCGUCCUGUACAGUUGUGAAAAUCUUCCCGUGGGUGGCCAUGGGAUUCUGUAGCAACUUAUGCGGGCUGCUGGCGCUGGUGGUAGCCAUCAUCUUCGGCUACAUGCAGACUGUGGAGUACCCGUUGGGGGCCGUGUUCCGCAUGAUGUUCUAUAUCCAGGGCUAUGGCAAGCCGAUGACCGAUCCGGUACCCACUGACCUCACACCAUCGCCACGCCCAGGUAACGAGCUUUUCCUUCCCAUGCCGAGUGGCGGGAAGAUGCCAGCAAACGGUAUCGGCAUGUGCUGCCGGCCAACCGCGUACGACGAAGACAGUGUUUACAACAGCAUCCUUUGGUACCUGCUGUCAGGCGGCCGUCACAUUGACACUGCCCACAUCUAUGGCAACCAUGUUCCCAUCGGCAAAGCUUUGAAGGAGGCGGCAAAGCGAGGUGUGCCUCGAAGCGAGGUGUUUCUCGUGACGAAGGUCUGGCCUGCGUCCUUCGGCUACGAUGCGACCACGGCUGCCGUGGGCCGCAUGGUGAAGCAGCUUGACGUGGAUUACAUCGAUCUCGUCUUGUUGCAUGCCCCGCGGAAGAUCAGUUGGCGCAUGGUCGCCGCAUACUGGGGCGGCUUGAAUCAGUUCAUCGGUGAGGCCAUGAGCUUGAAGCAGCUGGCUUGCGCAACGCCUUCCAGUAUCCUUUAA